AUGGUUGAGAUUAGAACUCUAGGCGACCAAACAUCCAUAAAUGCAGAGAGACUGGAAUACAGAAGGAUCCUGGUUCGAUUCCGCCUUUCUGAGCUGAAGGCCGAAGAAAUACCAAAGCAGCUGGAUACGGGAAGAGAAGAGAUGAAAGAAUUCUUAAUGAAGGGAAAGACGAGCGGACAUUUGAUGAUGAUGGAGUUUGCACACAGUUCCAAACCUUGA